CGUUGGUGUAAGUGCUGCUCUUCGGUUUGGGGCCGCUGCCACAUUAUCAAACAGCGCUUGCAUUUUCAUAUUAUCGUCCGAUAAGAGGAAAUCACAUUCCCCCAAUUACCGUUCGUUUCCUGGAUUUCCAGUAGCAUUUCAUUUUCGUUUGUGCUGUUAAGUGAAGAAGAUGACGUUCAAUUUGCGCCAGGUGUAUGCAUUUGCACGGGAGUACCACCAGAAGCGGGACACCCAGAAGGAUGUCCAGUAUGGCACGGCCGGAUUCCGCUCGCACGCCGACAACCUGGACUAUGUGAUGUAUCGGAUGGGUUUGCUGGCGGUGCUUCGUUCACGUGCCAAACAAGGUCAGGUGAUCGGUGUGAUGAUAACGGCAUCGCAUAACCCCGAACAGGACAACGGCGUCAAGUUGGUUGAUCCGAUGGGAGAAAUGAUGGAACAGCGCUGGGAAAAGCUGGCCACUGACAUUGUCAACGUUAGUGACGUUAAUUUGGAGGCACAGGUGGCCAAAAUUUGUGCCGACGAGAACAUCGACAAUAAUAAUCCGGCCAAGGUUUUCGUCGGGAUGGACACCAGAUAUCACAGUCCUCAGUUGGCCAAGGCAGUGCUGAAUGGGGUAGCGGCCAUGAAGGGAAGCGUCCGAGAUUUCGGCAUCGUAACGACUCCGAUGUUGCACUACUUUGUCACGUGCUCCAAUACGAAUAUGGCGUACGGACUACCUACUGAGGAAGGGUACAUGCACAAGUUAUCCACGGCAUUCAAGAUCAUCAGGGGCAGAACAUUCGAGAAGGGUAACUAUGUUAAUAAGGUUUUCUACGAUGGAGCAAAUGGAGUCGGAUCGUUGAAAAUGCUGGGUUUCAUCAAGAAAUUGAAUGGAUAUCUGGAUGUGAAGGUGUACAACAGCAAUGGAAAAAUCAAUUUCAAUUGUGGAGCUGAUUUUGUCAAAACCAAUCAACGGGCACCGGAAGGUAUGCCGGAGUUGGAACCGAACGCACGUUGUGUGUCGGUAGAUGGUGAUGCAGAUCGUGUGGUUUACUACUUUACCGACGAGAAAGGUGUUUUCCAUCUGCUAGAUGGUGACAGGAUUGCUACUUUGAUUGCUGCGUACCUGAAAGAUUUAGUUGAAAAAUGUGGCGUUGAAAUCGAAAUGGGACUUGUUCAAACUGCGUAUGCUAAUGGCGCUUCAACGGAUUAUAUUGUGAAUCAGCUGAAAGUGCCCGUUGCCUGUGUUCCAACCGGAGUUAAGCAUCUGCAUCACAAGGCACUGGAUUACGAUAUUGGUGUAUACUUUGAAGCAAAUGGGCAUGGUACCGUCAUCUACAGUACGAAUGCCAAGCUUAAGAUUCGUGCUGCGAGUGGAGAUCCAUCGCUCACCGAGGAACAACGUGAUGCUGCCAACCUUUUGCUCCGAACUAUUGAUCUCACUAACGAGACGGUCGGUGAUGCUAUUUCCGACAUGCUACUAGUGGAAACGGUUCUACAUUACAAGGAAUGGAGUUUGACGGACUGGCUGGCAACGUAUACCGAUCUACCGAAUGUAUUGAUGAAGAUCAAGGUGGAAGACCGAAGUGUUAUAACUACAACCGAUGCCGAAAGGGUUUGUGUUACCCCGGAAGGGCUACAGGAUGCUAUAAAUGAAAUUGUGGCCAAGUAUAACAAGGGUAGAUCAUUUGUACGUCCGUCGGGAACCGAAGAUGUGGUGCGGGUGUACGCCGAAGCGGCUACAAAGGAGGAUACACUUCAGCUGGCCCUGGAAGUGGCGAAUGUGGUGUACGACAAAGCGGGAGGCGUUGGACCACAGCCAGAGAUGCCGAAGAUUUGAAAUGUUUGCCUAAACCUAAGGCUACUAAUACUGCCAAUGUUAUUUUGGGUAGUUUUUGGAAAUGAUGUUGCAAACGUAAUAUUUAAUGUGGUUGGAUUUUAGCAAAGACUUCAAAUCAAGAAGACUGGCAACUUCUUGAUAUGUUAUCUUCGAUUUUAGUCAACUUUUGAGAUUAUUUUGUAAGAUGGCUUCAACACUACACUGUUAGUAAAAAAAUGAAUCUACUGAUGAAUAAGCUUUUAUUUACCAUAUUGUGCAUAUGAAUAAAUUUUGUUAUUGGCGCUUUU